AAAUACUUGUGUCCACAUUUUUGGUCCAAUCCUAAUGAAAAUUGGCCAGAAUAGUUGAUUCCAUGAAAUCACUAGGUCAAACAUGUUUACACUGUUAUGGUGUGUUUCUCAGGUGAGCGACAUAGGGUCAUCUGGGCCCUCUUGUUUAAUGAAACGGAAUACCUUUAUAGAUAGCAACAUGGAAUAUAUGUACAUUCUUUUAUUUUAUUGCAAAAAUGUGAUUGAUAUAUGGCAGCAUAUAUGACAAAAUACAAAAAGAAUCGAGCAAUAACAGAAAGUACUAAACAAAUCCUGACAUUUGUUAGAUUUUGUUUCUUUCGGGUUUAACGCCGUUUUAACAGUAUUUCAGUUAUGUAACGGCGGGCAGUUAACCUAACCAGUGUUCCUGGAUUCUGUAUCAGUAUAAACUUAUUCUCCGCAAGUAACUGCCAACUUCCCACAUGAAUCAGAGGUGGUGGACGAAUGAUUUCAGACACAAUGUCUUUUAUCAAAUCGUCACGGAGAACAUAAUUUAUUACGCCUCGCACAGGGCUCGAACUCACGACCUCGAGAUCCGUAGAUCUGCGCUCUCCCUAUUUAGCUAAGCGGGAGGGCAUGUAAAGAUAGAAUACUAUCGAGAGAACAUCAGGAUUGUUCUGUUUUCAUCAUUUAUCCAUCUGUUUGUCUGUCAGAAAACCAGGCGCAAUUGGUGGUUUCUGCCAUAAAUUUAAAAGUACAAAAGAAUUUACCUGGAAAUCUUAGGCAUAGAUAAAAGGCAAUAUGGAUAUUAGUGACUAUAUUUUGUCAUACAUUCAUCCAUCUGUCUGUUCAUCCAACAGUCAUUCAUAAAAGAUACAGCUGAUAUUAACUUGAAAAGAACGAAAGAAUUUGUCAUGAAACCUGGUGUAUAGAUGGUGAAUUAUUUGGUGAAUGUGCAAGUCCUUCGUUUCAGUUUCAAUAUAUAAUAAUGUUGUUCUUAUGAAAGCAUUUAAAAGACAAAUACGAAUUUACAACGCUGAUUGUUGCCCUGGUGUUUUACCGUAUGUUUUGAUUUUAAUGCGCAAGCGCUCUUAACGUGUGACAACAGUAGGGAACUUUUUAUUGCUUGGUAAUAGUUCUUGUUUCGGAUGUAAAAAUUAAAUAUUGCGUUUUGUAACCUUAACUCCGGCUUCCAAAGUUUAGUGUUUCUAGUAUAAUAAAAACAUGAGCUCAAGCUAAAACAAAACAUAAUCAAAAAUUAGAAAGGUAAUUUUAUAAGCAGGGAAAUUUUGGUUUGAAAACGUGUAAACACGUAUGACCUAGUAAUCGAACUGUACUAUAACAUGUAUAUAUAUAAUGUCAAAUCAAAACAAAACACAACACAAAUUUUGUAUCGAAGUUACUGUUUAUUAACCCAUUUACAAACUUAUUCAAUAGUUUUGGCGUACAGUUAAUGUACUCGGAGAGAAUAUCUAUUAUAGAUAAUAUUUUCGUUGAAGAUUUUACGAUUAUAAACUUCACGAUCAUAAAACUCUUUCUUCCUCUUUUUCUUUGCUCAAUACUUACCCUAUCAUACAAAGGAGACAUGCGGUAAAAAAAAAAGGAAAUACAUCAAAAUGUACAACGGGUAAGAUUUAAAUAGAUAUAAUAAGUAAUUCAACCCCUCGUUUUACCCAUGACUAAUCGGUUUAUUCAAUUCUAUUCCUGUUUUCAAUUAUUGACUGUACCUCAUUAUUAAUGAAAUCAUUUAAUGAUAUUAGAUUGUAGUUUUCUUAUGGAUCUGUCUGAAAAUGGGAAGUUUAUGGAAUCAAAUAAGGCCUAUAAUAGGUAGACCAAACCGCGUAAAUCGAUUCCUUUAUGAUAUAUAUAAAGAAGAAAUUGCUGUUGACAGACAAAGGUCCAAGGCAGAAAUUCAUGAUAUAGGGACCGCAGUGAAUGACAUGAUUAGCGCAAUAGUAGGUCAAGCUUUUGAAACCGAUACUGUCUUCAAUAUCCCUCGUAAAAUGCUUCCCAACCACAUCAUUGGUGUCGGCAGUUUCUUUGAACAAACCAAGAUAAUUGACGUAAAUGAGUUUGACUUCACUGUUGUACUACCAUACUUUACUAGUGAGAACGUCAGAGUUGUGAAGGAACUGCAUUCUCCUUACGUCGGAUGUAGACAUGGAGUUCGUAAAAAUCCAUUCGCAUUUGUGGAGCUUGAAUAUGUUGGAAAGAACGCGGACAUAUUAACAAAGAAAAAUCUGCUGACAACAAUUAAGUCAAAGCGAUAUAUACUUGCCUGCGGACUUUACACCUUUGCCAAGGUAAAGAUAGAUGACUGUUUAUCAGGUCCGAGGAAAGUCCAGCCAGUUGACCGUGAAACGGGGACGUUAGAGUUUAACGUAAACGGCUUUGGUAGCAAAUCAUAUCCAAAUGGACCUGCUUUAAAACUGUAUUUGAAAUGGUGGCAGAACUGGGGACACAACAAUCUUGAUAUAACUGUGGAUUUAGUACCUGCAAUUAAAACCAGUAUCCCUAAGAAUAUGAGUAAUAAUAUCACUGCACCUUAUGUAAUGAGAAAGGAAGUAACAAAGUCGAACUGUUGUUUCUUUAUACCGAAAAAUAAACCUCAUGUAUCUGUCGACUUUAUCAUCUCCUUCAGUCAAAUUGAGUCACAACUUCUUCUAACGUUAAGAAAGGAAAGGCCAUAGUGGUUUAUGUGCUAUAAUAUAUUAAAAUUCUUAUUCUGGAAUGACUCAAUGUUGACUCAAGUUUCCUCUGCGCAUUUGUUUUCUAGUUAUAUUCUAAAAGCAAUUAUUCUUCAAGAGUCACUAACUAGUACAGAAAAAGGAAUUACUCUAGUUGACUGCUUAAUGAAGAUUUUAGUAAGCCUACAGAGAUACACAGAUACAAUAGACCAGGGGAUUGUAGACCACAUUCAGGUCCGCUCUGUAUGGUUUCUUGACAGUUCUAUUGCUUGUAGAAGUCUGAACGACCGCUUUGAAAAAGAGGAACUUAACAUACUGCACACUUUUAUUGAACAAUUAAAGAAUAUGUUAAUAGACAUUGAUAGAGAUUACGUGUAUGAAUAUUCCAACUAUAAAAAAGAUUUUUUAGAUAUUGUUAAAUCGUUAAGAACGUCUUUAUCGGAUUUAAAUCAAGAACGAAAGUCAAAAUAUUCUCAAGUUGACAAAGAAAGCAAACCAGACAAGCUACACAGCAGCUACACCUAAUGAGUCUCUUUACAGGAAAAUGUUUUAUGUAAACGAACAAAAGAAACUCAUAACAUCAAAUCAACUUUCAUGCUUAAUAAGUGCUUAAAAGCAAUUGCUUGUUGAGAACCUAGACAGUCUUGAUAGUUUUUUUCAUGAGAGUUUUAGUCAUCGUCAUUUUUGUCUGUUUAUAAUCUCAUUGUAUGAGCAAUAUCGGUUCGCUGUCUACAGACUUGUUCAUAAAUGGUAUAUCUUAAACGUCAGAUUUCUCAGUCCGAAGCUUGUACACUACACCUACAACCAACGAGAUUUUUACAAUGUAAAAAAAAAUGAUUUCACGGUAAUAAAGGUAUUUCUCAAAGAAAAUCGACCUUUUUUAUUUAAGCGUUAAUGCAUUGAUUAAGGUAUAAAAUUAGGAUUAUAUUUCCUUCUAAGAUGAUAACAAAUAUGUACAAAAAAUAUUGUUUUAGUCAUUUAUGAAUAUGCUUUCUGGUAUAUAAACAUGUUAUA